AUGGGUCAAAACCAGUCAGGAAUGGGUGGUGGAGGCGAUGGAAAGGACGAGAAGGAUAAGAAGAAGGAGAAGCCCAAGUACGAGCCUCCCCCACGCCCUACCACCAGAGUCGGUCGCAAGAAGAGAAAGGCGGCCGGUACCAGCGCCGCUGCGAAGCUUCCCGCCGUCUUCCCCACCAGUCGAUGCAAACUCCGCCUACUACGAAUGCAGCGAAUCCACGAUCACUUGAUCCUGGAAGAGGAAUACGUCGAGAACCAAGAGCGCCUUCGCAAGGCCAAGGCCGUCAAGGAGGGUGCUGCCGUUGGCCCCGAGGGUGAUGUCGACCGCAUGGCAGACGAGCGCGGUCGUGUCGACGAUAUGCGUGGCAGCCCCAUGGGCGUCGGCACGCUGGAGGAGAUGAUUGACGAUGACCACGCGAUUGUCAGUAGCACGACUGGUCCCGAGUACUAUGUUAGCAUCAUGAGCUUCGUCGACAAGGACUUGCUGGAACCUGGCGCCAGUGUCCUUCUCCAUCACAAGAGCGUCAGCAUUGUCGGUGUUCUGACCGACGAUGCUGAUCCCCUGGUCAGUGUGAUGAAGCUGGACAAGGCUCCGACGGAGUCAUACGCCGACAUUGGUGGUUUGGAGCAGCAGAUCCAGGAAGUCAGAGAGUCAGUCGAGCUUCCUCUGCUGCAUCCGGAGCUGUACGAGGAGAUGGGUAUCAAGCCGCCGAAAGGUGUCAUUCUCUACGGUGCUCCCGGUACCGGAAAGACGCUGCUCGCCAAGGCUGUCGCCAACCAGACGUCUGCCACUUUCCUGCGUAUAGUGGGAAGUGAACUUAUUCAGAAGUACCUCGGAGACGGUCCCCGUCUUGUCCGCCAGUUGUUCCAGGUUGCUGGCGAGAAUGCUCCCUCGAUUGUCUUCAUUGAUGAAAUCGAUGCCAUCGGCACGAAGCGUUACGACUCGACGUCUGGUGGUGAGCGCGAAGUCCAGAGAACCAUGCUGGAACUUCUCAACCAGCUUGACGGUUUCGACGACCGCGGUGACGUAAAGGUCAUCAUGGCCACCAACAAGAUCGAGACUCUCGACCCUGCCCUGAUUCGUCCCGGACGUAUCGACAGAAAGAUUCUCUUUGAGAACCCCGAUCAGAACACCAAGCGCAAGAUCUUUACGCUUCACACAUCCAAGAUGUCGCUCAACGACGAUGUCGACCUGGAGGAGUUCAUCUCGCAAAAGGACGACCUUUCUGGUGCCGACAUCAAGGCCAUUUGCUCAGAGGCUGGUCUCUUGGCUCUCCGUGAACGCCGUAUGCGCGUUCAGAUGGCAGACUUCCGGUCGGCCAGAGAGAGAGUACUUCGCACCAAGCAGGAGAGUGAGCCUGAGGGCUUGUACUUGUAG